AUGGAGCGCUGGCCUUGGCCGUCGGGCGGCGCCUGGCUGCUCGUGGCGGCCCGCGCGCUGCUGCAGCUGCUGCGCGCAGACCUGCGCCUGGGCCGCCCGCUGCUGGCCGCGCUGGCGCUGCUGGCCGCGCUCGACUGGCUGUGCCAGCGCCUGCCCCCUCCGGCCGCCCUCGCCGUGCUGGCCGCCGCCGGCUGGAUCGCGCUGUCCCGCCUGGCGCGCCCGCCGCGCCUGCCCGUGGCCACUCGCGCGGUGCUCAUCACCGGCUGUGACUCUGGCUUUGGCAAGGAGGCAGCCAAGAAGCUAGAUGCCAUGGGCUUCACGGUGCUGGCCACCGUGUUGGGGCUGGAUAGCCCAGGUGCCCUGGAGCUACUUGCCUGCUGUUCCCCUCGCCUGAGGCUGCUACAGAUGGACCUGACCAAGCCAGCGGACAUCAGCCGGGUCCUAGAGUUCACCAAGGCCCACACCACCAGCACAGGCCUGUGGGGCCUGGUCAACAACGCCGGCUACAACGAUGUAGUGGCCGAUGUGGAGCUGUCUCCGGUGGCCACAUUCCGCAGCUGCAUGGAGGUGAAUUUCUUCGGCACACUCGAGCUAACCAAGGGCCUCUUGCCACUGCUGCGCCGUUCAAGGGGUCGCAUUGUGACGGUGGGCAGCCCAGCAGGAGACAUGCCAUAUCCAUGCCUGGCGGCCUACGGGACCUCCAAAGCAGCCAUGGUACUGCUCAUGGAUACAUUUGGCUGUGAACUUCUGCCCUGGGGGAUCAAGGUCAGCGUCAUCCAGCCUGGUUGCUUCAAGACAGCGUCAGUGCAAAAUGUGGGCCACUGGGAAAAGCGCAAGCAGCUCCUGCUGGCCAACCUACCCCAAGAGCUGCUGCAGGCCUAUGGCGAGGACUACAUCGAGCACUUGCACGGGCAGUUCCUGCACUCGCUGCGCCUGGCCAUACCAGACCUCAGCCCGGUUGUAGAUGCCAUCACUGAUGCGCUGCUGGCAACCCAGCCACGCCGCCGCUAUUACCCAGGCCGUGGCCUGCGGCUCAUGUACUUCAUCCACUACUACCUGCCCGAGGGCCUGCGGCGCCGCUUCCUGCAGUCCUUCUUCAUCAGUCACUGUCUGCCAAGGGCACUGCGGCCCGGCCAACCCAGUGCCCCCGCCCAGGAUGCAGACUAAGACCCAAAGCCUUUGGGCCCUGCCCCCAAGAUGACCCGAUGAGCGGUGCCCACGUGGCCUACCUGCUCCAGCAGAGCAGAUGCCAUGCGCCCUGGGCCUUCCCUUGGGUAUUGCGACCUACAAGUCUGCCCUAGAGACUUGGUCUAACAAAACCCAACUCUGCCACUGCCGAUGCCCCAGACCAGGCCUGGCAAGGCUGAGGCUUCCUGGUGAAUCUCCGGGCCUUUCUACUUCUUUUUGAGCCCAAACAGACCCUUCUGUGCAUAAGGGUCCACCCCGCAGCUGGGGUCGAAGUCUUCGCUGUAGCCUUUGACAGGACCCCGCAGACAGCGGCUCUGCAAACUAAGGAGUGACUGGGUGGGUUGGGGACCCCCUCAGGAUUCCUUCUCGGCAUCAGUGCCUCGGUGCUGCAAUUCAAAGGAUGAAUCACCACUGUUUCUUGACUGGCUCAAGAAUUAGGUUCCCAGCAACCCACCCCCGAGCUCUCAAGCCACAGGGAGGCUGCAUACCCUACUUGCCUGAUUGCCACUUUUUAAAUAAAGAAGACAAAUUUUUAUUUCUCUUAGAAUGUGGGAAACGCUGUGUUGUGGGAAGGGGCGACAGGCUGUGGCUUUGUGAGAGACUAGGCGCUGCCU